AUGGGUGCCGCUGCUGCCGCUGCUAUAUUAGCCCUGGCUAUGGCAGCGCUGUUGUCGGACAUCGACACCGCAUCAGCAGCUGUCUCGCGCCCUUCUAGCGGGCCAAGCUGGCCUCCAGGUAUCGGGCCAGCCCUUGCAGCGCCGCCGUCAUGGCCGUAUCUUGAUAUCGGCCCGGCUCUUGCAAAUCCACCAUCGCCAACAUGGCGGUUUCCUCGCAAGCCGCCACAACCAUCGCCUGCUCGCAAGCCGCCGCCACCAUCACCCACUUCCAAGCCGCCACAACCAUCACCCACUUCCAAGCCGCCACAACCAUCACCCACUUCCAAGCCGCCACAACCAUCACUCACUUCCAAGCCGCCACAACCAUCACCCGCUCGUAAGCCGCCACCACCACCACCCGUCCGCAAGUCGCCGCCACCAUCACCCGUUCGCAUAUCCUCACCACCACCACCACCACCACCCGCCAGCAGCUGCGCGUUCUGCGCCAGCGCGUAUAUCACCCAACCCCUUGACCCCAUGGUUAGCUCAUCUGCAUGCCCUGAAAUCACAGCCCAGAUCCUCAGCAACACAUCUUCCCUGUACCCUAACGGCCGCGUGCGGCUGGUCAACGCCACCUGCUCGACGACCAGCCCCUUCCGUGUUACCGUCUGUUUGAUCAGUGCCCAGCCACCUGCAGUGCCGGCCAUUCCGCCGUCCUCUAUCGACAAAAUGGUCGAGGGUUGGGCGCUGACACUCCGGGAAAAUGUGGGUACCCCCUGCUUUACUUAUAGCAGGGUCGUGGCAGAGAUUCAAUCACCCACAUCUUGCUUGAGGGGCUUUUCAGAAAACGUGCUGUUUUGCGCUUAG